AUGUCUUAUUUGAUUUGUUCCAAACUAGACGGUGUAAAAACAUAUAUGCGAAUGAGAAGAGUACCAAAUCACCUGCAAGUCAAAGUUAUAAAGUGGUUUGAUUACCUGUGGUUAACACAAAAAUGUUCCGAUGAAGAAAAGGCUGUCAGCUGUUUACCAGAUAAAUUGAAGGCAGAAAUAGCUAUAAAUGUUCAUCUGGACACGCUUAAAAGGGUUGAAAUUUUUCAAAACACGGAGGCUGGCUUUUUAUGCGAACUCGUGCUGAGGCUACGCCCAGUUCUUUUCUCACCCGGAGACUAUAUCUGUCGGAAAGGUAAUAGAAAUUAA